CUGCCCUAGGAGAUAAGAAGAGUAGAACUACACUUGCUGCAGCUCUUAACGAACUCUCGAAUCCCGCACCAAAUGAUGUCGACCCCGAAGAAUUUGGAGAAACAUUUCGCACUUAUGACUUCGAUCGAAGUGACGGUGAGGAGGAAAAUAAGAGAUUGGAUGAUUCUUUAGCGAGGGAUCACUAUGUACAAGUGGAUUCACUUCGACAAUUCAUCUUGGACGAUCCAAAGUAUGUUGGAAGACGUAGCGAUCGGAAAGCGAUUUUUGGGGAUGAGGUGGAAAUUUCGCAAAGCGACGAUGAGAGUGUAACCACAGAAGAAAAGGAUCAGACAAAAAGUAAUGAAGAUGAAGAUAUGAAUGAGGAUAGUUUUUCAAACGCAACCGAAGAUGUGUUUGACGAUGAGAAUAAGGACGAGGAAUCUGAAUUUGACCAAGAAGAUGACGUAUCGUUAAAAAAUACUUCAUCCGUUGUGGACGAGCUAAGAAAAAUAGAAGAAGAUGAACGGUAUAAAAAUAUGCACACUUAUGAUGUGUUGCAUAAGAACGUGUUCUAA